GCAUUAACUUUCUAGAAUGGAUAUGAAGGUGCAAGGGAAAGAUCAGCAAUACGUUAAAUUUGUUGCAGAGCAGCUGGGCCUGGAUGGUUCAUAUGUUCCUCGUACUUAUAUUGAACAGAUUCAGCUGGAGAAACUUGUAAAUGAUGUUAUGGCACUGCCAGAUGAUUUAAAGACAAAACUCAGCAUAGAUGAUGAUUUUGCUGCAAGCCCUAAAGAAGCUCUUUCCCGAGCAUCAGCAAAUAGAAGAAUGAAGCAUCUCGGCCGAGGUAUGUCACAAUCAUAUUCAAAUCAGAGAGACAAGACUAUGGCCAAGCUAACUAAACUGGCUGUUAACCACAGAAGGUUUGAUGGAAGGGCCCCAGAUUCACCUGCACCACUUUCAAACCAGGGAAUUAUAACUCAACUUUCUGAACAAAUUUCUACUCUAAACGAAAGGAUGGAUGAAUUUACAUCUCGCAUUGAAGAAUUGAACUCCAAAUUCUCUGUCCGGAAAGUCUCAGCCAGCCAACAAAACUUGGCUAUGCAGGCUGAAACCUACAAUGGUUCGGGACCCACUUCUCUUUAUGUCACCAGAUUAAGUAAUGGUUCUUUGACUGGUUCGCUCCUGCCCAAUUCUUCAUCUUCUUCUCAAUUGACUAAGGAGUCCCCACUGAUGGAAGAGUGUGGUGGAAAGAAUACAUAUACACUUGGUGAAAUUAAUGAAACUCGAAAUGAAUGGGCAGCCAAGCUUCUUGAGCGGAUGAGUCAUAGUUAGAGUAACUUUUGAAAUCAAAAUUAAAAAAUAUACUAAUUGUAGUGUUUAGUUAGUACUUACAUAGUUAUUCCAAGUGUAUAUUUUGAUAUUGUAAUUUUAGAUUUGGAACAUACUGAGUUCUAUUGAUUUUGUCUGCCUAUUGAUUAUGUCUGAACUAUGUUGUAAUUACACAGGAAAUUAUGAAUGAAUAUAGUGGUUGAAAAUAGAGAAAUGAAAAAAUUCUCAUAUUCUACA